AUGGGGCGAGGCAAGAAGACCACCGCAGCAGGCAAGGCCACCAAGAUCAAAUUCGUUAUUGAUUGCCAGAAGCCUGUUGAUGACAAUAUACUUGAGGCGAAAGGAUUGGAAAGGUUUCUCCAAAGCCGCAUCAAGGUGGCGGGGAAGUUGAACAACUUGGGCGAGAAAGUUGAGGUGUCUCGGGAGAAGGCAAAGGUGUGCGUUACCGCUGAGCUGCCCUUCUCAAAGCGCUACCUCAAAUAUCUGGUGAAGAAGUACUUAAAGAAACAGAUGUUGCGCGACUUCCUGCGCGUUGUUGCAAACAACAAGACGUCGUAUGAGUUGAGGUACUUCCAAAUGCCUCAAGAGGAUGAGGAGACAGCAUAG